CGACAAGAUGGCUAUUCGCGCCGGUUUUGCAUCUGUUGUUUCGUUAUGAAUUGCGAUUUCACUCCAUGCGGGCACCGUGUUUUCGAACGCACCUACGUUGAAUUCGUGUGUGACGUUUCCUGAUGGGGGCGGAGCAUUCUCCAGCUUCCCAAUUCUAACCAACCCGAUUCCGAUAGCCGUCGCAUUCCGCUGAGUUGCUUCAGUGUGCCUCGGCAGUGCGUUUGGUGCGUUUUUUGGUGUGUGCUAGUGCACAUAGCCACUCACCAACGUACGUGCUCUGCGCGAGAAUCCAUUUUUGUGUCGUAUGUAACAAGAAACUUUUGUGCUAAUAAAAAUCAUCGACGAGAAGACAUUUUCCUCGCGAUGCCCUGGGCAUGUUUAUCCGACAUUCAGACAGAAUAGUGGCAUGAGUCGAUUAAUCUAUGGCAGAUCAACAAGAUCAGUCGUCAUCAGGGGGGUCUGUAGAGACGGCCAGUGCUUCAGCAGACACCUCUAAGGUUAGAAGGAAGAGCUCUAGCAGUGGUAGUAGUGGUUAUAGAAAACGACAAAGCACUGGUUCUAUUCCUGUCACGUUAGAAGAAAAAAGACGUAGACAAACCAUUGGUGAUCCACAAUCAUCUGAAGUUUUUAAUAAUACUUCUUGUAAACAUUCAAGUGAAUCAACAGGAAUUAGAACAAGAGGUGAAUUUAAAGGUCAUGGCAGUGGCUUAGAAUCGUAUCUAGAUAAUAAUUGGAAGCCACAACAUAAAGUUCAGCAAUCAAACUAUAAUAUUAGUGCGAACAGUACAAGAGCUCGUAGUGUUGCAAGAACAAGUUUGCCAGAGUUAAAUUUAACAGCUAUUGACUGUGUUGCAUCAAGGACUCGUUCUCGUACGCCACAAAAUCCACAAGCCAUAUCACAAGGACAUAAUAGUUACAAUUUAUCAGUGUCCAGUGGUUACGAUAGUAAAGAAGACUUAACAUAUAACAAUUUGGUACCAACAUCAACUACUACACCAGUUACUAGUCAUCCAUCCACAUCAAGAACAAGAGGCCUGAGGAUGAGCGAAUGUCUGGAAGGAUUUGUGUCUGCUGUCAAAGCACUUUUUCCAAUAUCAACACAAACGUAUCAUCAAGAAGGGUCAAAAUCCCACGGUGGUACAACCUGCGCGAGUAGCAGUGCGAGUAGUCAAGUUUUAAGUGUGAAGUCCAGCAUCAGAGUGGGUAACGCAGCCAGUAAUUCUGUGGAGAGUGGUGGGGGGGCGUUGGCACAUGACGGGGCAGGCACUAGUGGCAUCGCCACAGCCACUGCCAAUCCACCUGUGUCUGCCACCGCCACUGCCAACCCUGCACACCCUCAUCCUGCGCACAAGCAUAUAUUACGUUCUCGCGCAAAAUUAUCCAGUGACUAUAAAGAUCUGUCAAGUAUUAACAAAACUUCAGGAAAACAUCAUAAAAAAGAUACUACAACAGGCAACUGUUCAAGCUCCAGACAUCGCUCUUCAUCACGUGCAAGAAAAGCAGUGAUAGAAGGAGGUUCGGGUGGAAGUGUAAUGCCAGGUACUGACUCUUUGACUAAUAGUUCCACCCCAACAACUGUUUCAUCUACAGUUUCUAGUAGUCAAUUAGUAUCCACAACUGGAGAAGACGAAUUGGCAUCCACCGCUACGUCUGCCACUGCAAGUGGAGGACCAUCCGGAAUGUCAGGGACUACUGGAGACAGUGAAAGUGAUGAUGGGGAAGUUGGGAGGUUGCAAGCAUUACUUGAAGCUAGAGGUUUACCUCCUCAUGUGUUUGGUGCAUUACCACCACGAAUGCAACAUUUGUUAAAUAGAAGUAUGGGUGCAAGUUCUGCUGCUAAAGCACAACAGUUACUGACUGGUUUGCAAGCUGUUGAUGAUGAAGGAGAGCAACUACAAGCUGUUAUUGGAAUGGGUGAAAUUCUUGUUAUGGGAAAUGAAGAUACAUUAGCUGGCUUUCCUGUGAAACAAGUGGUUGCAGCAUUAAUAAAUUUACUCGGAAUAGAACAUAAUUUUGUAAUAAUGACACACGCAUGUCGUGCUCUUACUUACAUGAUGGAAGCUUUACCCCGAUCGUCAACAGUUGUGGUUGACGCUGUUCCAGUGUUCUUACAAAAAUUAGAAUCUAUUGAAUGUAUGGACGUAGCAGAACAGUGUUUAACAGCGCUAGCUAUGCUUUCUCGAAGACAUAGCAAAACCAUUUUACAUGCGGGAGGAGUAUCAGCUUGUUUAAAAUUUGUCGAUUUUUUUAAUAUCACAGCACAACGAGCUGCAUUAACAAUUACAGCAAACUGUUGCCAAAAUCUACAUCCUGAUGAUUUUCACUUAGUAGCAGAUAGUUUACCCUUAUUAACAAGUAGAUUGACAAACCAAGAUAAGAAAAGUGUUGAGUGUGUUUGUCAAGCAUUUAGUCGAUUAGUUGAUAGUUUUCAACACGAUCCAGUAACUUUACAUAAAAUUAUCAAUGCAGAACUUCUUCAAAACUUACAACAGUUGCUUAUGAUUACCCCACCUGUUAACAGCAUUGGUAAUUUCAUAACAGUGUUGCGAAUGCUCUCUGUGAUAUCAAAUCGCUGUCCUGAUUUGGCACAGCUGCUUCUGCAACAGAAUAUAGCUUUCACAUUAAGUUAUCUUUUAACUGGAUCAUUAGAAGUGAAAACAGAAGAUGUAGAAUUAGUGCCGCGAUCUCCGCAAGAGUGGUUUGAAAUUACUUGCUUGAUUGAAGAACUCAUGCCUUCUUUACCAACAGAUGGCAUAUUUAGUGUAAAUAGUUUACUUGAAAGGACCAGUAAUCAACAAGAAAAUGUUCAUUGGGAAUGGCGCGAUGAAAGACAUUGCUGUCAUCCAUUUAGCACUAUUGAUUCUAGAAUCAUUGAGAUGGCAUUUCAGAAUGGCGAAGAUGAGAUUUGUUUGUCCUCUUUAGGACGAACUUAUACGAUAGAUUUGACUGUGAUGAAACAAAUUAAUGAAGAUAUUGGAUUAGCAAGGAGCAUUUUUCGCAGAGUGAAUGCGCAUCCUACAGAAGGCAAAAGUCCUACAUGUUCAUCUAACAUGGAUGUUGUACCUCCAGUAAUUGAAACAAAUGAAUGGUUAGUAUCGUUUAUUCGAACGUUAUUCUCUGUGUUAUAUGAAGUCUACAGCAGUUCUGCUGGUCCUGCUGUAAAAUGUAAAUGUCUCCGAGCUCUGUUACGUAUGGUCUAUUAUGCCUCGACAGAUUUACUUAAGGACGUCUUAAAAAAUCAAGUAGUAUCAUCACACAUAGCGGGUAUGUUAGCGUCCCAAGAUUUACGAAUUGUUAUUGGAGCCCUGCAAAUGGCAAGUAUAUUAAUGAAAAGACUACCACAAGUAUUUGGGGUUCAUUUUCAUCGUGAAGGCGUCUUACAUCAAAUACGUCAACUAGCUGAUCCUGAAGUACCUCUUGGUGUUUCACCACCCAAGUGUCCUUCUAGUACUGGUACAUCAUUACCAAGCCCACAGCCAGGUCCGUCUAAUACGUCGCUUUGUUCCACCACGAUGUUUUCUUCUAGUAAUGCUACAUCUCCAAUUGCUUCUCCAUCAACGAAUGGUAAUAUAUUAUUCGGUACGAUUGCAACAUGUCAGUUGAAAUCAAAUCUCUCUGCAUCGAUGGAAACGCAUACUAGAAAUGAAUUAAACUCUACUGUAGAUGAUGUAACUACACCACAAAGUGCUCAUUUGAGAAUUGGAGAUGUCCUGAAAAGGAAACGACACAAUAAGAAGGGCCGAUUUUCUAGACUUGGCGGUACUACGCCACAACAAACUCAGCAACCCGAGUCGCUUUUUACUGGUUUCGCUCCCAAAAAUAAUCGUUUCUUAGGAAAUCUUAAUCCUGCUAGAUGGGGUCGAAAAUCAUCGUCUUCAAGUUCUGCUAGCGAUAAAAGGGAUACAAGUUCAUCGACAAGUUUGUCAAAGCCGCCUAGUAAUUCAAGUUUAACAGGAGGUAACCGAGACAAGGCUAAAGCAUGGGUACGUGAUCAAGCUGCUCAAUUUUUGGCUCGAUACCAGGAUGACGCUCCAUGUACACAUCCUGCAAUGACAGUCCUCUCAAGGCUUACUGCUGCCAUACAACGGCUACAAUCAAAUGAACUGGAUGAAAUGUUAUCAGCACUUACUGAAUUACGAGAUAUAGUAUUGGAAAGUGAUAUAUCUCCAUUUGAGAUGAAUUAUAGCGGUCUCAUCAAAGCUCUGCUAAACUACCUCACAACUACGGAUGCACCUGGUAAUCGUUAUGAUCGCCUUCGUAUGUUCUGGAAAUUAUUUGCAGAAUCAACAAUGUGUCAAGAUAAUAACAUUACCGACUUUAAUCCUGGAGCAUUUGGUGCUCUAGUAACAAAAUUGAACAGUUGUGUUGCGCAGUUGGAACAAUUUCCGGUAAAAGUACAUGAUUUACCAGCAGGGUCUGGGGCUGGUCGUGGAGGCACUAGUGCUCUUAAGUUUUUCAAUACACAUCAACUCAAGUGUAAUCUUCAACGACAUCCAGAUUGUAACAACUUAAAACAGUGGAAAGGAGGUACUGUUAAGAUAGAUCCUCUUGCAUUAGUACAAGCAAUUGAACGUUAUUUAAUGGUUCGUGGAUAUGGUAGAAUACGAGAGGCUGAAUCUAUGCUUAGUGACGACGAUAACAGUGAAGAUGAUAUAGAUGAUACAUUGGCAGCAGUAGUUAUAAGUCAAGGGUCAGCGAAACAUAAACUCCAGUUUUUAAUUGGAGAUGAAGUACUGCCUUUUAAUAUGACUGUUUAUCAAGCUGUUAGACAAUUUGGUUGUACUGGUAUGGAUCAUUCUGAAGCAGAAGCUGAUGGUGAACCACCACUUGGCCAUGAUGCUGUAUGGGUACAAACUCAUACAAUUUAUUAUAGACCUGUACCCGAGGAAGAAACUACAACAUCGCCAAAACCAGGAUCAAGUUCACAGGGUAGUAGCCGCAAAGGCAAAGGAAAAAGUACAAAGAUCAGUUCAAAACGAAAAGAGGAUAGUUUAUGGCUUGAGGGAAUAGUCCCUGCACAACGAUGUCCACUUGAUUCUUAUUUGUUACCUACUUUACCAUCUUCAGUUACUAUUACUGAUGCUUCAUUGGAUGGUUUAUGUCUAUUACGUCUUCUACACGCUUUAAAUCGUCAUUGGAGUGUUCUAUUUCCUUAUCUAAAGGGUUUAAAUUUACUUUCUCCACAAGACUUUAUUAAUAAUAAAAUAGCCGCAAAAGCAAGUCGGCAGCUACAAGAUCCUUUAGUGAUCAUGACUGGAAACUUACCUUUGUGGUUACAACAAAUUGCUACAGUGUGUCCAUUCUUGUUUCCGUUUGAGACAAGACAGUUGUUACUUUACGCAACAUCGUUUGAUCGGGACAGAGCUUUGCAGCGUCUUUUAGAUUCCGCUCCAGAAUUAUCGGGAUCUGACAGUCAAGAACGUGUUACUCCACGUUUAGAACGAAGAAAGCGGACUAUUUCUAGAACUGAUAUUCUCAAGCAAGCAGAAUUAGUUAUACAAGACUUAGCAUCUAGCAAAGCCUUACUUGAAGUGCAAUAUGUCAAUGAGGUUGGUACUGGUCUUGGUCCAACAUUGGAAUUCUAUGCUCUAGUCUCCCAGGAAUUACAGCGUGCUGACCUUGAUCUUUGGCUUGGUAGUUCAAAUCCUACAGAAACAGGAUAUGUUAAUGUUCCCCAAGGACUUUUCCCAAUGCCGAUUGCGUGGAAUACUAAAGUGUCCCAUCUUGCAAAACUUAAAACAAAAUUCAAGUUCCUUGGAAAAUUUAUGGCGAAAGCGAUAUAUGAUUCAAGAAUGUUGGAUUUGCCAUUCAGUUUAACCUUCUAUCGAUGGUUAUUGGGAGAAGAACAUAUGCUAACGUUAGCCGAUUUAGCACAUGUAUGUCCUGAUGUACAUCGAACUCUUAGUAGAUUACAAGAAGUUGUUAGACAAAAGGAAACAAUUGAGAAGGAUCAAACAUUAAGGCCACAUGAGAAAGCAAAACUAAUAGACUCAUUAAAUUUAGAUGGCUGUUCAAUUUCUGAUCUUAGCCUUGUUUUUGAAUUACCGGGUUAUGAGAACAUCGAGUUAAGGAAAGGUGGAGGCGAAGUGCCCGUUACCAUUUAUAACUUGGAUCAAUAUAUCAAGUUGGUGGUACAUUGGUUCUUAUAUGAAGGUGUCUUCAGACAAAUGGAAGCAUUUAGGGAAGGAUUUGAAUCUGUAUUCCCACCAUCACAACUGAAACUAUUCUUCCCUGAAGAACUUGAAGCUGUGUUCUGUGGACAUGCACAAUCAGGUGGACAAUGGGACGUGAAAACGCUUUCAGAGUGUUGCAGGACUGAUCAUGGUUAUACACCAGAUUCUCGUGCUAUUCGUUUUCUAUUUGAAGUUAUGUCAAAAUACAACAGUGAAGAACAAAGACAGUUCGUUCAAUUCGUCACAGGUUCACCUCGGUUACCAGUUGGAGGUUUCAAGAGUUUAACACCACCGUUAACGAUAGUGCGUAAAACGUUCGAUCCGUCUAUGAACACAGACGAUUUCUUACCAUCCGUAAUGACUUGUGUUAAUUACUUAAAACUGCCUGAUUACACAACAUUAGAAAUAAUGCGGGAAAAGUUGCGAAUAGCUGCACAAGAAGGACAACAUUCGUUCCACCUUUCCUAGAAACGGAUGGAAAACCGGCGCGCCAUUUGCUCUUUUGCUAUCACAUUGUCCAGGUUGAACAAAAUUCUUCAGACACCAUUUAAAAUAUCUAAAAAAAAGGCUACGUUUUGUUCGAAACUCAGUAAUCGUACAUUUGCACUUUAUAUAAGCUUUUUUCGAAGAUAUCUAUUUCUUGAUUUUAGUGAAAAUUCAUUUAAAUAAAUUCUAAUUUGAUGUUUAUCUUUUUACUUAUAAACAUAGAUUGUGAUAUAUUUUCUCAUCAAAAAAAAAAGGUGCAAAGAUAUUAGCUCUACCAUAUGAGUUUUCUCUUGUGGUAUUAUGAACCAGGUAGCGUGGGAGCAGCCUUGUUCUAGGAAACUUAUCUUUGAUGUGUUACAAUAAUUAAUAAAAGUUGUAAAUAUAGUUUAAUAUGCGCAAGUCUAUAUAAAUACUUUAUAUUAUAUAAUAGUGACAAAAAAAUGAUAUUGCUAUGAGACACCAUGCUAAUUAAAUGUAAUUUAGUCUGAGGGGACAUCUAUUAGAUAUAAGUAAAUUUUAUAUCAGUGGUGCAUUUAGCAUCGCCAUAAAUCGCCAAUCUCAUGCCUCAUUGCAAUUUGCAAUGAAAUCACAAAUCAAGAUCAAUGAAAGAAUAAAACUGCGCUAAUGAUGUAACUCAUGUUUCAUCAUCAUAGAAAUAUAAUAACUCCGAAUAUAAUUGCGUGUUUACGAUUAUCGUUUUAAUUUCGUAAUCGAUCUCUUUGUGUUCGCUGCUUAGUUUUCAGUAUGCGAGCACUGCGCGAAUUGACGUGCAACACUCCUAUAUUUAAGUUUAUUCGAUGUAUUACUAAUUAAACUUAUUUGAUAUUUUUAUUCUAGGUAAGAUAGUCCAAUUAAUACUUUACUUAGCUGUGUAAGAAUGCAGCCAACAUCGUCAGAUCAAGUCAUCAUAAUGAUAUAUGAAUCGAAGAAAAUUCUUAUAUCCACUUAUUUACAGGCGAAGUAUCUAUUUAUGAAACAUGUACGACAACUGUAUAAUACGAAAUAGAAUGGAUAUAAAAAUCAGCGAAGCUGGUGUAUCAAAUGGAUUAUACAAGGUACAUUACUUUCUUAUGUCUCUGUAGAAAUGUGAUUCUAUAAAAAAAUGAUAAAAAUAUGAAUUGAUCAAAAGUAGAAAAGGAAUAAGACGCAAUUAUUUGUUUUACAUUUAUAUUUUGUACCAUUGUUUGAGAUGAUCAAUAUAUACAUACAUCACUU